AUGCGUUCUAGCGGAGCAGCUACACUCGGACGAGUGGAGCUACGGACGGGGCGGCUGCCGGGGACAACGGAUCAUGGCCUCAACCCUUGGACCACGAGGGACAACGCCUCCGUGGUGGUACAGAGUUCUUCUAGCGGCAGAGCGAGUAACGCCUCGUUGUCUGCCGAUGGCGACCUCACGACGUUAUGGGAGGCCUCCAGCAGUACCAACGAGUGGGUCACGCUGGAUUUGGGAAGCACUCGUGAGGUCACCGCGGUCCGCGUACAGGCGCCUGGAGGCGAGUCGAAUCCUCGAAAUUUCCGACUCCAGCGAGGGCUAUCGGCAGGCGGGAAGUUUUCGACGGUGGCCAACCUCACGCUUGGUAACUCGUCAGAUGCGCAGGAUUUUGCGGUGCCCUCGAGCAAUGGCCGAUUCUGGCGGUUUUAUGUCCUGGACAGUCACGGCGCCGAAAACAUCACCCUACGUGAGGUGGAAUUGCUCGGACCGGGAGACACGACCCUUCCUGAGCCCCUUGACUUCGAGGUUGUCAACGAUGAUGCCUUCCAUGUGUACUACGUUCCCAUCCACCGAACGUUUCAGGGCCUUUUGACCCAGCUUAGGCUGAGGCCGGGCAUAGAAGCGGAGGAGAUUGCCGGCAGGCGGAACGCCUCGCUUUCCCCCAGCAGAGGCGACGCCUUCGAGCUAGACUGGGUUCGAAUCGUCCGCGCCCCGCGUGUGAAGCGAGUGAGAGGUUGCAUCGAUGUUUCCUACGAGUGGCCGGACACGCCGGAGUCUGGACGAGACCUUGCUGGGGUUUCUAACGUCACUGCCGCCAACGGUCUUAUCAACGGUUUUCUUCGGUUGGGCCGCACUCAGUUUAGCACUGUCGAGGGAGCCGAAUAUGGCACGACAAAGUCUUGCUUGCAAGGAGGCGGCGAAAUCAUCACCAUCGCUGGAGAAGCCUUCGGGCCUGCCAAUGCCAAGGUAUUCGUGGACGGAUCCCCUUGUUCUCACGUGGUUCACACCCCCGGGAGCGAGGAGGUCGAGCUCAGCUGUGUCUCCCCCCCCGUUACGGCUACCACCGCCGCGGAGAUAUUGGAGGCAACAUCAGCAUAUUCGUCACUGUGUGAUGUGGGUUUGGGAAAAAGAAAUUCCUCCGACUCAGGGUUUUCGUAUGAGGAGUGGGCGUCUACGAUCGAGGUGGUGAACGGGAGGAUGCCGGGCCUUAAGCACGGGGUUCGGUACCUGUCGUAUCAGGCACCGCCACCGCCUAUCGGGAAACCCUUCGUCUCCAAUGUGGCCGCCUACUCGGUGGACUUGUCCUGGGAACCGCCAACUGAUUACUGGCAAGCCCUGUCGGUCACCGGCUACCAGGUUGGAUGGAGAUCGUUUACCUCCACUGCCGCUGGAACAGACGGGUCGGAGGUCGAGAAUGACACCGUGGGGGCGGGGGAGGAGGAAGUGGAGCAGACUGUGGAUCUAUACGGCAGACGCGCGCCUUUGCCAGAAGCCGCUACUGGCAACUUUGGAGAUGCUUCAAGCGUCGUCUCCACCCUCACGGAGGAUAUCCUCUUCGAGAGGUUCAACGCCAACCGUACCCUCAACCACUCUGCUAGUCAUGCGGCCGCCACUCUGGGACCCAGGGGGCAGUGGUCAGGGGAAGGGCACUACGGCUUGCAGCUGGUGGGAACUGCCCAGAUUGAGAACUGCAACCGAUCGGCCUCGUGUUGUGACGCAUUCAACGACACCACGGGCUCCUGCAGCAGCGAGAGCGGUUCCGCAGAGGAAGAGGCGGCCUCUCCGUACUACUGCGCGGCCUUGGCUACGCCGGGCCAGGGGUUCGACACGACUUUCACCUUCCGGCUGAGCUCGCCGUCCCUCCGCUGCAACACCAUGGAUGGCGUGUACACGCACUGCCGCUCGAGGGGCGCCGACGGGCUAGCCUUUGUGAUACAGGGAGAGGGCCCGACGGCUCUGGGAAGAAGCGGCGUGGGCAUGGGGUAUGCCGGUAUCUCCAAUAUGGUGGCCGUCGAGUUCGACACGCACUACAACCCCGAGAUGCUCGAGCAAUUCGAGAAUCACGUCAGCGUGCAGACCAGGGGCUGGAGACACGCCGGCAGCGCCCACGGUUCGCAUUCACUAGGGUCCACACCGAACGUGCCCGACCUCACUGACCAAGAGGUGACGGCUAGGGCCGUGUACACGCCGAUAGUCACGCCGGAGGCCGUAUCUCACCCCAACUUUCAGGCCUCUUUUCACUUUGGGACCUUUUUAGCUCAGGGGGACAGAAACGAAGGGGGUGGGGAGGGAGCCGCAGAUUGGGCGACUGGAAUCGGAACCCUAAGCGUCUACGUUGGGAACUUGGAUGAGCCCUGUUUGGUGGUGCCGUUGAAUCUGGAGGCUACUCUGCGCCUUAAUCAUGGGAGGGGCUUCGUAGGCUUCACCGCCGGCACGGGGAAGGACACUUGGCAGGUGCACGAUGUGCUCAGAUGGUCGUUCUCCAGCCUACGACAAGACACGCCUCACUGGCCACCACCGAUGGUCGAAGAAGGCCACUCCAUAGACGUAGCCGUCAACGACACCUCGUGCGUUGAGGGAGGAGGCGGCUCGUGCACCGCAACGCCUGGAACCGUCCUGUAG